AUGUGCCGCAGUGGCAGUUUGAAGCUUCCAGGAUUCCCAAACUUUGAGUCUGUGGUGUCUGAGCUGAAGACUUCAACAGCUGAAAGUCCGACACCAGCCUUCGAGGUUUGCAUUCCUGUCCCCAACGGACUGGCAAUCAAGCAGAACCUUGUGGACUACUGGAGUGGCAUGGAUGCCUACCAGCUGCAGGUUGCAGACAUGGUCAAGGCGCACAAUCAGAAAUACAACCCUCAUGGAACCAAGCGUGGAGCAUCCGACAUGAGCCAAGGGGAUCAAGGCACUGCUGGCAAAGCUGUCGCCAAGAAGAUUUGCAUCGACAACACAGUCAAGGUGGCUGACCAUGAGGCUUCAAUUGCUGACAAGCUUACACUGCCCUGUGGCAACUUUCGCUUGGUAUAUGACAUCCAGCAAGACAAGUUGUGGCUGUGUGGGAAUGAGGCCAAGAAGCGGGAGAGCUUUGAAGUGAAAGGACCCAUUGAAUUGUUUGGGUUUGGCUCUGGUGACUUUGUUGAGGGUCCAGAGGCACAGGAUGUUCAAAGUGAUCUUACAGGGCGCUGGAUCAGCUUCAAGGUGAACCAAGCUUCAGAGCUUUGCGUGUUGGAACCUGACCGCCGGUUGCCGCAGCAUAUCCGUUCAUUGGACAUUUGGAACAAAGUGCAGUGGUAUAGCUUGGUAAAGCUUUCAUUGUAUCUUUGUGUAUUUCUUGCUGUGAAGGAAGUUUGA